AUGGCCGCCCUAAAGGCCAGUGAUGCUGCUGAAGAGGAAACUUUGCCAGUUGCAACACCUGCGAGAUCUGGGCUUGCGCCUCCAGUCGUACCAAGUGAUGACAUGGGUGUGGGUUCAAGUCAUGACCAGAAGCUGGCCGUCAAGAAAGAGACUGCCUUGGAUUCUGAUGAGGAGCUCCCUGAUGAGGAGUGGCUGGCAGCAACCCAAGCUGACGAUGACACGAUGGAUGAGGCCACUGCCAAGUUAUUGCAUGCUCCCACCCUGAGACUUGGUGAGACCGAGGAUGACGGCACUCCUGAGCCUGUGGCGGAUCAUGGACAUGCUGUGCCCUCGGGCCAUAGAAAGGACUCCGCUGAGAUGAAUGAGACUGAGAUGGAGCAAAUCAGGCUUCAGAAUCUAGAGAUGGCAAAGGAGCUGGCCGAGUUGCGACGACUGAAGUCCUCUCCCAUGACUUCGCCCCCGAAUCAAAAGCCACUCUUUACACCAGAAGCAACGCCUAGAUCUGCAGAUGCUGCUAGCCCAGAGGCUGGUUUAGCACAUGCACCUGAUGCACCUGGUGCACCUGAUGCACCUGAUGGCAUGCUGAAGCUUGGGGAGGAAGACAUGGCGGAGGAGUUGGACUUGUCGCACAAGGACAUAGCAGUGAUUGCGGAUAUCCACCAGGAAUGGAUGACUGGCGACAGAGACAUGCUCUCUUUGGCGUUGGUUCGUGACGAGUUCCAGAAGCAGAUCUUGCGCAUCAAGGAGACGCAGCGCUCCAAAGAAGAAGAAGUGGAGGGGGGCUGGUACACCGAGGAGCGCAUGCAGAAGGAGCUCUCAUACUCAGCGUCUUUGAUCUCGAAAAUCAAAGCUUACUGUUUGCGCUUCAAAAGCGUCUUGGUGAGGAACUGGAAGUAUGACAGCAACAUCCAAGAGUUCUUCGUUGAAACGGCUGACACUGUCAAGGUUCGACGUUCCGAGCUGGAGCGCUGGCAAGAAGCUGAGGAAAUCGGUGAGAAGGACCUCCCUGCUUCGAAGCCAGAACAAAUGGCUUUGAUGGACACGCGUGGAGUUCAAGAGGGUGAACCUGGGAAAGUAGGGGCUCUGCAAUGUGGAACGCUUGAUGAAAUGAAGGAACAAAUGAAGCAGUUUACAGAGUCCGUGCAUCAGAAGGCGAGCUCGGUGGUCAGUUGGGUCAGCCAACUUGAAGGUGGCUCUGCGGAUAAUUCCAGGUUGCAAAAGUUUCUGGCCGACAUGCGUGGAUUAAUUGACUCUUUUGAUGGGGCUUUCUUGAAGCUUGCUGAAUCACAGCAUGCGCUGGAUGCUGGCACCAUCCCUCUGGAUCAGUUGCAGAAGCAGUUCACAGAUGCGAAGGAGUCUGCUCGCAAUCCGUAG